GUUCCCUCCACACUCUUCUCUGUCAGCUCGUUCGCCGUUUCGUCUGUUCUGUGAUUGUCUGUGUUGCAGCGGUUCUUUGUUUGUUUUCGUCUCUCCUUUGGGUGGUAACUUGAGCGGUGACGAUGGAAGGGCUCACGACUCUGACCGGGCUGCUGCGGAAGGCCGCCGGAGACUUCCCCUCCCGGCGCGCCAUCACCGUCCCCGGGCGCCACGAGCUCACUCACGCCCGCCUCCACCAACUUGUGGACGCCGCCGCAGCUCGCCUUGCUGCAGCCGGCGUACGCCCUGGCGACGUCGUCGCCCUCGCCUUCCCCAACACCGUUGAGCUUGUGAUUGUGUUCUUGGCUGUGCUCCGCACCCGUGCCGUGGCCGCCCCGCUCAACCCGGCCUACACCCGCGAUGAGUUCGUGUUCUACCUCUCCGACUCUGAGUCGAUUCUGCUGCUGACGAAUGCCGAGGGCAACGCGGCUGCGGAGGCUGCCGCGGCCCAGCUCGGGAUCCCCCGUGCCGCCGCCUCCCUCCGUGACCCCUCCGGCUUGCUCGAGCUCACCCUCCCGGGAGACAGGCCCGCGGCAGAGGGCGUCGCCCCAGUCGCCGGUCGCGUCAACGACCCCUCGGACGUCGCUCUGUUCCUGCACACCUCCGGCACGACGAGCCGGCCCAAGGGCGUGCCCCUCACCCAGCUCAACCUGGCCGCGUCCGUCACCAACAUCCGGUCCGUGUACCGGCUCAGUGAGUCCGACUCGACCGUGAUCGUUCUCCCCCUGUUUCAUGUUCACGGCCUUGUCGCCGCACUCCUCUCAUCCCUUGUCGCCGGCGCCUCGGUGACCCUUCCGGCCGCUGGCCGCUUCUCGGCCUCCACCUUCUGGGCCGACAUGCUCGCCUCCGGCGCCACGUGGUACACCGCGGUGCCCACCAUCCACCAAAUCCUGCUCGACCGCCACGCAGCCCGGCCCGAGCCCGCCUACCCUAAGCUCCGCUUCAUACGGAGCUGCAGCGCGUCGCUGGCACCGGCGAUCCUGGAGCACCUGGAGGCCGCAUUCGGCGCGCCGGUGCUGGAGGCAUACGCGAUGACGGAGGCCGCGCACCAAAUGGCGUCGAACCCGUUGCGAGAGGACGGCCCGCGGAAGCCAGGCGCUGUGGGGCGGCCAACGGGGCUGGAGAUGGCGAUCCUCGACGAAGAGGGCGCCCGCCGCCCGCCGGGCGUGCCAGGGGAGGUGUGCAUCCGCGGACCCAACGUGACCCGGGGCUACAAGAACAAUCCGGAGGCGAACAAGGCGGCCUUUGCCUUCGGAUGGUUCCACACCGGCGACGUCGGCUUCCUGGACAGCGAUGGCUACCUCCACCUCGUCGGUCGCAUCAAGGAGCUCAUCAACCGCGGAGGCGAGAAGAUCUCUCCGAUAGAGGUGGACGCGGUGCUGCUGGAGCAUUCCGACAUCGCGCAGGCGGUGGCGUUCGGCGUGCCGGACGACAAGUACGGGGAAGAGAUAAACUGCGCGGUGAUACCGAAGGAGGACGCGGAGAUCGACGAGGCGGAUGUGCUGAGGCACUGCCGGAAGAACCUGGCGGCGUUCAAGGUGCCGAAGAGGGUGUUCAUAACGGACUCGCUGCCGAAGACGGCGACGGGGAAGAUCCAACGCCGGACGGUGGCCGAGUUCUUCGUGCCGCCCGCCAAGGCACCCAGGGCCGGAGCUUAAUAUUCGACUGCUUCCGGUCUGCUAAUAGGCUACGACAAAAUCAUAUUAAGGGAAAAAAAAGCCCAAAAAAUAUCGUAUUUCCAAUGUAAUAGAAUCCCUUUUAAUAUCAUUAUAUGUUGUUUUCAUGUAAA